AUGGUGAAGUGGAAUCCACCUCAUUUAAAGACCAACUGUGGGCCAGAGGUCUUCUCUGGCGGCAAAGCAGAAAUCAUGGGGCGCAUAUUGUACCUCCUGGUGUUACUCUUCACUGCUGAGAUUAGAGGAUUUGAUCUGUUCAUAGAGGAAUUUCCUGAUUCUGCUGACCUUGGUGAGCUUAUUCCAGAGUUUGAAAGCAAUCAUGCAGAACGAUUUAAGAGAUCUGCAGCAACUAGCGCAAAGGAGAUCUCCCAAGAUACAGUCACUCUGUACAGCUACAAAGUGGAAUCCACCAUCACUUCACAUUUUGCCAACACAAUGAUACAGAGCAAAGUGGAGAACAAUGCUAAACACUCACAGAGUCUCUCAUUUGAUAUCCAGAUACCUAAAGGAGCUUUCAUCAAUAACUUUACUAUGAAUGUCAAUGGCAUCACAUUUAGUGGAUCAAUAAGAGAAAAAUCAGAGGCAAGAGGCAUGUACGCCAAAGCGAGAGCAAGAGGCAAAUCAGCUGGACUGCUAAGAACUAAUUCCCUAGACAUGGAAAACUUCAAAGCCGAUUUACAUGUACCUGAAGGAACUAAAGUUCAGUUUGAACUUCAUUACCAGGAGGCCCUUCAGAGGAAACUAGGUGUCUAUGAACACAGUCUCUAUCUCCAGCCAGGCCGCUUGGCAAAACAUUUUGAGGCGGACAUCUAUAUUUUGGAGCCUGAAGGAAUCAGUACUCUCAAUGUGGUUAACCCAAUUGCCAAACAAUUUGCAGAUCUCAUCACUGUUACCAAGGGAGAACAAAAGGCUCACAUAUCUUUUAGGCCAACUCUGGAUCAGCAGCGUUCAUGUCCUAUCUGUUCUACUACAGCGGUGGAUGGAAGCCUGAGUCUGAAAUAUGAUGUCAAGAGGGAGAAGGCCAGUCAGCUCCAGGUGUUCAAUGGAUAUUUCCUUCAUUUCUAUGCUCCAGAGAAUCAUCCCCCACUUCCAAAAAAUAUUUUAUUUGUUAUUGAUGUCAGCGGUUCCAUGUGGGGAAUCAAAAUGAAGCAGACAAUUGAGGCUAUGAAAUCUAUUUUGGAUGACCUGCGUCCUGAUGAUCAGUUUGGCAUUGUAGACUUCAACCAUAACAUUCGAUGCUGGAAAGAUGAGCUUGUUUAUGCAUCACCCAUUGAAAAAACUAGUGCCAAGAAUUAUGUACAAAAUAUACAGCCCAUUGGAGGUACGAACAUCAAUGAAGCACUUCUGAGAGCCAUCUUUAUACUAAAAGAAGCCAGCAGCCAAAAAAUUCUGGAUCCAAACUCUGUUUCAUUGAUUGUUUUAGUCUCAGAUGGAGAUCCUACUGUAGGUGAAUUAAAACUGUCUAAAAUCCUUAAGAAUGUUAAGACAAAUAACCGCGAUGAGUUUUCUGUUCAUUCCCUUGGCAUUGGGUUUGAUGUGGACUAUGAUUUCUUGGAACGACUGGCCCAGGAGAACAAUGGGCUGGCCCAGAGAAUCUUUGGAAAUAAGGAAACAGCCACCCAACUCAAGCAAUUUUAUAAGCAAGUCUCCACACCUCUCCUAAAAGACAUUUCAUUCGAAUACCCAUUAAAUGGAAUUUCUGGUUUGACGAAUAACCGUUUCCACCACUAUUUUGGAGGUGAUGAACUUGUUGUAGCUGGUAAAGUUGAUCCAGAUAAGAAAACACCCAUGGAAAGCUUCAUCACUGCAACAUCUGCUGAUGAUGUUAACUUCUUAAUAGAAACAAUUGCAGAAGUUGAGGCAUUGAAUGACUUCUUUGCUGAGAGUAGACAUGCAUUUCCUGAUUUCGCUAAGCAAUACUGGGCCCAGCUGACUAUAAACCAGCUACUAGCUGAGAGGAGCUUGGCUACCACAGCUGAAGCCAAACGGAACCUUACCAAGAGAAUCAUGCAGUUGUCCAUCAGCCAUCAUUUUGUGACCCCUUUUACAUCCUUGCUGAUAGAAAGUGAAGAUGGAAAGGAGAAAAUGUUAGCGGAUUCCCCAACAAACAAAGGAGCUUGCUGUCAAUCAUUGGCUAUAUCUACAAAGGCCACUCCUCCACCUCCUGUAACCAAACAGGAGUGCCCUUUUCCAUCAGCUACUUCUCCCCCUGCCCAAGAGCUGAAAAGCGACGUAACUGAGUCAAUCACUAUUCCUCAAAAACAAUCACUGUGCAAAAAUAAUCCAAAUGCACCUCCAAACUGUGUUGACAAUGACCCACAUUUCAUUAUAAACUUGCCAAAGAGCCGAAUGGAUGUCUGCUUUAACAUUGAUCCAUCUGCUGGAAGUAUCCUGAACAUGCUGUCAGAUCCUGAAUUAGGUAUUACAAUUAAUGGAAAAAUAGUAACAGCUAAGAAAGCCAAGGAUGGCAAGCUGAAUACCUACUUUGGAACAUUUGGCUUGUAUUUCCAACAGCUGGAUAUAAAGAUUGAAAUAAGCACCGAGAAGAUAACAUUGAAAGAUUCGUCUUACACUAGAGUAAUGAAAUGGUCGGAGUCCAGCUCUUUGACCUAUAAUAGACUUGCUGUAUCCGUGAAGAAGGAAAGCAAUGUCACCAUCACUCUGGACAAUGAUUUGUCAUUCCUUAUUGUUCUACAUCGUGUCUGGAAAAGUCAUCCUGUCAACGUAGACUUCCUUGGAUUAUACUUUCCUUCUAGCGACACGUUCUCUGAAAAGGCACAUGGUGUGAUAGGCCAGUUUAUGAAGGACCCUGAUGUCAGUGUUUAUGACAUCCGACCGGGUACUGAUCCCGAGAAACCAAUGGCUACAAUGAAUGUUAAGGGGAAUCAGCUGACUGUUACAAGAGGGGAGCAGAAGGAAUACCAGCACAAUAGAAUGGAAGGGACUAAAGUGACCUGCUGGUUUGUGCACAACAGCGGAAAGGGUUUCAUCGAUGGACACUAUAAAGAUUACAUUGUACCUCAACUUUACAGCUUCUUGAAACUCCCUUGAAGAAUGAAUGUUCUGAAUAAGAGAGAAGAAUUAGCAAUUGUGCUAAUAAGAAAUAUUUGAUGAAAUAUCUCAACUUUUUCAUUAUAGAUGCAUUGGAUUUUCUGUGUGUUAAGAAGCACAAAUGUAUUAAUAUUUUAAACUUAAAUAUUUUAAACUUAAAUAAUCUCUGCUGUAUGGUGCCAUCACAAAACAAGUGAUGGAUAUCAUAUAGGGAAUUAUCGUCAGGUAUUUGGUUGAUAUAUGGAUUGGCAAAGAAGGAUUCAGUUUGGCCUUUGAGAUCCAUUUAGCAAAAGUAAUUUCUGUAUAUUGUUGCUAAAGAAUAGAAAAAUAUUUCUGGAACGUUUACAUGUAACAUUAUGGGUACUGUGGUAUUCAAGAUGCUUCAAUACAGACAUUUCCUAAG